AUGGCUGGAUCAAAUUCAACCCAAGUUAUUAAUACGUCUUUAAAUGUGUCUUCGGGAGUUGCCACAUCAGUGAAUGCUUUUGCUAAUAGAAAAUCUUCGGCUACAACUAUGAUUACGUCACCAAUAAAAAAUCCUCAAGAUCUCAUAUCUGGAAAAUCACCAUAUCCUUAUGCAACUUUGAUUACUUAUGCAAUUGCAAAUUCUCCUA